AUAAUAAACAAACCGGCUUCCAACGGUCUUAUCUCUCAUGGCGUUUGCUCCGCCAAACCUCAGUUCAAUCCCUCACUCUCUCUCCUCCAAACCAUUUCCCCCCCAAUUCUCCUCUCUCUCCCUCCAAACACCGCCGCGCGCACAGCCACCCGCCACCUCUCUUCGCGCCUCGAGGCGCCAACCGUCCCCAGAUCAGCUCUUCGAGAGUGGAAGGAGUACGAGGAUGCGGUGAAGCGCAAAGACCUUGCCCGGGCUCUCAAUUUCUUGCAAUCAAUCGAAACCCAGAAAAACCCAAUUGAGCUUGCUAAUGGGUCCUUGGCGGCUGAGUCGACCCGGCCUCGACUCGGCGAGCUGGGGUUAGUUGGGUUGGAGAGGGAUUGGGAGGUCCUGGAUACGUGCCUCAAUGCUGACAAUAUGAAGCUUGUGGGCAAAGCUUAUGUCUUUCUCAAGGACAGAGGAUUCUUGCCCAAUUUUGGGAAAUUCAGGAAUGUUGUUUUGGAGGGAACACGCAAUGUUACACCAACAGUGUUGAAGACUUCAACCGGUUUAGAAGCAUCGAAAUUUGCUCCAAAAAAGUGGGGUCUUUCCGAAAGUUCUGGCCCCAUUUUGAUUGCCUUUCUUGGAGGACUAUCUUUUCUUCUUUCUCAAGGCAUCGAUCUCAGGCCUAACCUUACAGCAGUAUUGGGGCUUGCGUUUGCGGAUUCUAUCUUCCUUGGUGGUACCUGUUUAGCUCAACUCUCAAGUUAUUGGCCUCCAAAUAGACGCCGUAUCCUCAUUCAUGAAGCAGGGCAUCUGUUAAUAGCUUAUCUGAUGGGUUGCCCAAUUCGUGGGGUGAUAUUGGACCCAAUUGUUGCAAUGCAAAUGGGCAUUCAAGGGCAGGCUGGAACUCAAUUUUGGGAUGAGAAAAUGGCCAAUGACCUUGCUGAAGGACGACUUGAUGGCACUGCUUUUGACAGGUACUGCAUGGUGCUUUUCGCAGGCAUUGCUGCUGAAGCUCUUAUUUAUGGUGAGGCAGAGGGUGGAGAAAAUGAUGAAAAUCUAUUUAGGGGCAUCUGUGUUCUUCUAGAACCCCCACUGUCUGUUCCCGAGAUGUCAAACCAAGCAAGGUGGUCCCUUUUACAAGCUUACAAUAUGCUAAAAUGGCAUAAAAAUGCACACCGAGCUGCGGUUAAAGCUUUAGAAAGCCGAAGUGGUCUUAGUGUUGUAAUUAGGAGUAUUGAGGAAGCAAUGUCAACAAAUACGUGAGCGGAAGUAACUUCACGAAAAAUGGCUUCUUCCCACAUUGGUGACGAGGGCGGAGCACAAGAGAUUGAACAUAUAAUUGGUGUAAGAAAGGCCUCCGAAAUGCAGUCAUUUGAGGUGACACUAGGCUAUUCCUCGCCGAACAAUUCGAAUCUACGGUGGACACAGAGAAUUGUCUUCCAACAACUAGGUGGAUAUUCCGAGAAGGAAGAUGCCGAGAUAAAUGAAAAUUUCAUAGACAAAUGAUCGAAUUGACUUGCUGACUUGUUGCUGUGUUACUCCAUACCAAAGUUUAAACAAUAAGAUAAUAGUUUACAUGUUGAAGAACAGAGGCGAGAACGAAAUCAGUUCAAGAAUUCAAUAAGGUGAAUCAAGAACCAGAAGUCGAAGUGGUAGCUUGGCAAAUUUGUAGGUACUACACUGUCCAACACGAAAUGUCCGGUUGCAUUUUCUCCCACUUCCUUUCUUAUUGAGAUAACCUGGAUAAUCCGCUCGCUUGAAAGGUGCUUCCUCAACCAGAUAUAACCCUACCUCUUCUGCUAACUUCACUAUGUUCCAUCUGCUGAAAGGAUUACCGGUCUUGUGUGUCACAUGAACUUCUCCUCUUCCCGUCAGCAUUUCAGACGCAGCUGCGAAGAACCGCUUGACCAGAUCUUGGUGCAACCUGGAAAAUGCAUCGUUCCAACGCAUCACUUUACAUUUGAUUCAUGUAGAAUUGCUCUGUAUUAAAACUUACUCAAUUUGAAACCUCUGGUGUUCCCAUCCGAAGAAGCCCGCGUGAGGGAAAUUAAAGACGAUUCGAUCAAAUAGUUGAUCAGCUA